GCUACGUAAACUAGAGCUAAUUAAGCAUACUCGCUAAUGGUCAUGAAGAGGUGCAGCCUUGUGGCGCUGUCCCUCCUCGGGGCUCUCCUCCUCGCUGGGAUCUCCGCCGCCGUCGCCGCCGAGGACGACGACGACAACAUCCUCCUUCCCACCGACGUGCUGGUGGUCGAAGGUGAGGGCGAGGAAUCCAUCAACGACAAUGGCCGUCGGCCGUGGGAGUGCUGCGACAACGUCGAGCGGUCGCCGGUGAGGAUCCAGCCGCCGAGGUUCCGCUGCAACGACUUCGUCGACCGCUGCGCCGCCGCCUGCCAGCAGUGCGACCCGGUGCCGAGUCCCAUCCCCAGGCGGCGGUUCGUCUGCCGCGACUGGUACGUCGGCUCCAACCCCGGGCCCAGGUGCAGCAGGAAGCAUUGCUCCGGCGAGGACGACGACGAGCUGACUGGAUCAUCGGAGGCGGCGCCGUCGCCGGGGAAGAGGAGGCCGUGGGAGUGCUGCGACACGGCGGUGUGCACGAGGUCGCGGCCGCCGACGUGCAGCUGCACGGACACGGUGGCGAAGUGCGGCAGCGGGUGCGUGCAGUGCAAGCAGGUGUCGUCGCGCCCUUCCCGCUUCAGGUGCCUCGACAGUUACCACGGCUCCCCCGGGCCAAAGUGUCACUAGUACGCGAAUUAUUUUUAUUUUUUAAACUUUUUAAUAAAUAAUUUAAUUACUAAGUCUCGAAAGAAAAUAUUUUUAUAAUCUAAACCUUUUUUUCCAUGAUAACCCUCCUAGCGUGACAAGAUAACACAGUCAUGCAAAAUAGUUGCCGUGGCAUGACAAGCCUGAUGCAGCUAUUUUUGUCAGUGACAUGGCAAAAAAGAUUCAGAUGAUGAAAAUAUUUUCUUCGAGAUUUAAUAAUAAAAUUAUUUAUUUAAAAAGUUUAAAGAUAAAAAAUUUCAUAGUACUCCGUCUCCCCUACAUGCAACUGGACAUGGGAUCCAACCACGAAUAAGACCCAGAUCACGCACGUAUCCGAUCAACCAGCGUUGCUGUUUACUUGUGUGUUUUACCCAUGUGUUUAAUUAAUGUUGCUCCCUGUGUUAAUGCCUAUGUGUUUAAUUAAUGAUGUACUCUGUGUUAACUGUUAAGUGUUCGAGCUUAUUGUGUUGCAGUACCCUUUGGCUUUAACUAA